AUGGCGACUCUGCAUGUUCUGUUUGCUUGCAUCUUAGCACUGCUGAUUUGUUCCGCCGCCGCCGCAGAGAGCUAUAAUAAGAAGAAUCAAGUGCCAGCAGUGUUCGUGUUCGGAGACUCGUUGGUUGAUACAGGGAACAACAACUACGUCCACACCAUCGCCAAGGGAAACUUCCCACCUUACGGCCGAGACUUCGCCGGCGGAAGAGCCACCGGCAGGUUCAGCAAUGCCAAAGGAGUCGCCGACUACAUUGCUCAAGUCUUGGGAGUGAAACAACUUUUGCCACCAUAUUUGGAUCCAAGCUUGGACCUCCAAGAACUGCUUACUGGCGUGUGUUUUGCUUCUGCUGGUUCCGGUUACGACCCUCGAACACCCCAAAAAAUGUUUCUUUCAUUUUUUUUUUCUGGCUUUCUUGACGUGAAGAACGCAAUACCGAUGAUGACUCAACUAAACAUGUUCAAAGAGUACAUAAAGAGGAUCAAUGCAAGCGUUGGCCCAGAAAGAACACAAGAAAUCAUUUCCCAGAGCGCAUACAUCAUCUUCAUGGGCAGCAAUGACCUCACCAACACGUACCCAACCGUCGACUACCGGUACACCGAAGAAUCCUACACCGAUCUUAUGAUCAGCCUAGCUCUAGACUUCCACAAGAAACUAUAUGAAGCUGGAGCAAGAAGAAUUGGGUUGGUGGAGUUACCUCCGACGGGGUGUGCACCAGCGAUACGAUCCUCGCAGGGUGGACCGAGGAGGGAGUGUUCGGAGAGCCUCAACAGGCGCAUCAGGCUGUUCAACUCCAAGCUGUCUCUGAUGGUUGAUCAGAUGAAUCAAGAGCUUCCAGGAACCAAAGCUGUGAAGUUCGAGCUCUACAAUCAUUUCGUUUCCCUCGCCGAGAAUCCAGCUCCAUACGGGAUUGAAGAGGUUAAAAGAGGGUGCUGUGGCACCGGGAACAUAGAGAGUGGGGUGCUCUGUGUAGUCCCAGGGACCUGCGCUGCUGCUGACAAGUACUUGUUCUUUGACAGCUUCCAUCCGACUGAACUUGCUGCACGAAUUCUCACAUAUCAAACUCUUUCUCCUCCCGAUUUAAGCAAGCUCUUCUGA